UUCAGUUUUACCAAUAUUUUCCUUUAUGCUCACCGAAACAUGAUUAUAGCUUCUCAAGCUUAUCUACAGUAGAAGAUAAUAUAUAUAUCAACAUUUUUGAUGAAAUGACGAUUGAAAGCCAUGAGGAUCACUGUCUCAAGAGCUGUGAUGGUCACUUGUAUAUAAAAAAGAAUUGGCUUGGAUCCAUCAUCUUCCCUUUUUCCACUCUUCUGCAACAAUCUGAGUUUUCAGAUCAAAUAGAUGUCUUGCAGCGAGCACAGAUGUUUAAAAACAAUUGCAAGGCAAUGUUUCCCAACCGAAGAAUCGUAACAACUGUUUUUAAUGAUGAAGGGAUACAGUUCUUGGUAACAAGAUAUAUUAAGGCCUUAAAUCCACCUCAGCAACUUCUGGAUCUAUUUCUUCAUGAUUCCAACGCAACACUUGUCCUCAUAGCUCGAUUUGUGUCUUUGAUUCCUUUUGUGCCUGACAUACUGGAUGAAAAUGAGGGUGUGAAUGUAUGGAUGACAUCAGAGCGCUGCAUCGGUUUGGCUACCGGAAAUAAGGAGGAGCAUGCCAUACUUCUCUGUAAUUUCUUUCUGUAUUUUGGAAAGAAGGCGUCGGUCCUCUUGGGAACCUCGGUGUUAGAAGGACAUGUGGCUUAUGUAUUAACUCAAGAAGCUGGCGAAUAUUUGCUUUGGAAUCCAUCAACUGGGCAAUGUCAUAAGCAGUUGGACCCAUUUUGUCCCUUACAAAGUGUAGAUUGUUUGUUUGAUGACAGAAAUGUCUGGUUUAAUAUUCAACAAAAUAAUACACCCAUGGCGGUACUUUUUGACACGGAAAGUUUUUGGAAACAGUUGCUUCCAAAAAGUGUCCAAGGGACAAAAGCACAAAGUAUACAGCCUGAAGAAAUAAUUUACUCUGAUACUGAUAAAAGCAUGGUGGAAGAGCUGAUGUACAGUAUUGAAAGGACUCUAAGGUGUAAAAUGAUGGAAUGGAGACCGACACACCCAACACGCUGGAAUCGACAAUGUACUUCCAUUUUGCGACAAAUCCUACCUAAGCUGGAGCUUAGCACCGGAAGCUUUGUUUCAUCUGAAGAAGACAGUGAAUUUGAAAGACUACAAGAAUUUUACUGGGUCACAGGAUUUCCCAUCCAGAUGCCAUACACAGAUGUACAGUCAGUUAUUGAUGCUGUGUAUCAAACUGGAAUUCACUGUUCUGAGUUUCCCCAGACAGAGUUUGCUCUGGCUGUGUACAUUCACCCAUACCCAAGCAACAUACUGUCCGUGUGGGUCUAUCCAGUUUCCUUAGUCCGACAUCAAUGA